AUGCCUUACAAAAGUAACAUUUUAAGAAGAAAAAAGCAUAAAAAAGACACCACACAACGUAAAGACAUCACUACAGAACGUAAAUACAUCACUUCAGAACAUAAAGACAUCACUACACAACGUAACGCCUUCACUACACAACAUCAAGCCAUUACUACAGAACGCAUCACUACACAACGUAAAGACAUCACUACACAACAUACAGACAUCACUACACAACGUGACGACAUCACUACAGAACGUAAAGACAUCACUACACAACGUCAUGACUUCACUACACAACGUAAAGACAUCACUACACAACAUAAAGAAAUCACUACACAACGUGAAGACAUCACUACAAAACGUGAAUACAUCACUACAGAACGUAAUGACAUCACUACAGAACGUAAAGACAUCACUACAGAACCUAACAACAACACUACAGAACAACAUAAAAUCAUCACUACAGAACGUUAUGACUUCACUACACAAUAUAAAGCUAUUACAUCAGAACGUAAAGACAUCACUACACAACGUAACGACAUCACAACACAACGAAAAGGCAACACUACACAACGUAAAGACAUCACUACACAACAUACAUACAUCACUACACAACGUAACGACAUCACUACAGAACGUAAAGACAUCACUACACAACGUAAAGACAUCAACACACAACGUCAUGACUUCACUACACAACGUAAAGACAUCACUACACAACAUAAAAAAAUCACUACACAACGUAAAGAGAUCACUACCAAACGUAAAGACAUCACUACAAAACAACCUACAGACAUCACUAUAGAACGUAAAGACAUCACUACACAACGUAACGACUUCACUACACAACAUAAAGCCAUUACUACAGAACAACGUAAAGACAUCACUUCAGAACGUAAAGAUAUCACUACACAACUUAAAAACAUCACUUUAGAACGUAAAGACAUUACUACAGAACGUAUACACAUCACUACACAUCGUAAAGGCAUCACUACACAACGUAAAGACAUCACUACACAACACACAGACAUCACUACACAACGUAACGACAUCACUGCAGAACGUAAAGACAUCACUACACAACGUCAUGAAUUCACUACACAACGUAAAGACAUCACUACACAACAUGAAGAAAUCACUACACAACGUGAAGACAUCGUUACAAAACAACCUACUGACAUCACUAUAGAACGUAAAAACAUCACUACACAACGUAACGACUUCACAACACAAAUUAAAGCCAUUACUACAGAACAACGUAAAGACAUCACUUCAGAACGUAAAGAUAUCACUAUACAACUUAAAAACAUCACUUUAGAACGUAAAGACAUUACUACAGAACGUAUACACAUCACUACACAACGUAAAGACAUCACUACACAACGUAAAGGAAUCACUACACAACGUAAAGACAUCACUACAGAACGUAAAGACAUCACUACACAACCUAAAGACAUCACUACAGAAAAUACAAACAUCACUACACAACGUAAAGACAUCACUUCAAAACGAAAAGACAUCACUACACAACGUAACCACUUCAUCACAAAACAUAAAGCCAUCACUACAGAACGUACAGACAUCACUACAGAACAAUGUAGAAACAUCACUACAGAACGUAAGGACAUCACUCCACAACGUAAAGAUAUCACUACACAACUUAAAAACAUCACUUUAGAACGUAAAGACAUUACUACAGAACGUAUACACAUCACUACACAACGUAAAGACAUCACUUCACAACGUAAAGGCAUCACUACACAACGUAAAGACAUCACUACACAAGACAUUAAGACGUUAAGACAUCACGAGAGAACACAUCAUUUAGAACGUAAAGACAUCACUACAGAACCUACAGACAUCACUAUAGAACGUAAAGACAUCACUACACAACGUAACGACUUCACAACACAAAUUAAAGCCAUUACUACAGAACAAUGUAGAAACAUCACUACAGAACGUAAGGACAUCACUCCACAACGUAAAGAUAUCACUACACAACUUAAAAACAUCACUUUAGAACGUAAAGACAUUACUACAGAACGUAUACACAUCACUACACAACGUAAAGACAUCACUUCACAACGUAAAGGCAUCACUACACAACGUAAAGACAUCACUACACAAGACAUUAAGACGUUAAGACAUCACGAGAGAACACAUCAUUUAGAACGUAAAGACAUCACUACAGAACCUACAGACAUCACUAUAGAACGUAAAGACAUCACUACACAACGUAACAACUUCACAACACAAAUUAAAGCCAUUACUACAGAACAACGUAAAGACAUCACUUCAGAACGUAAAGAUAUCACUAUACAACUUAAAAAUAUCACUUUAGAACGUAAAGACAUUACUACAGAACGUAUACACAUCACUACACAACGUAAAGACAUCACUACACAACGUAAAGGAAUCACUACACAACGUAAAGACAUCACUACAGAACGUAAAGAUAUCACUAUACAACUUAAAAACAUCACUUUAGAACGUAAAGACAUUACUACAGAACGUAUACACAUCACUACACAACGUAAAGACAUCACUACACAACGUAAAGGAAUCACUACACAACGUAAAGACAUCACUACAGAACGUAAAGACAUCACUACAGAACCUAAAGACAUCACUACAGAAAAUACAAACAUCACUACACAACGUAAAGACAUCACUUCAAAACGAAAAGACAUCACUACACAACGUAACCACUUCACUAAAAAACAUAAAGCCAUCACUACAGAACAUAAAGACAUCACAACAGAACAAUGUAGAAACAUCACUACAGAACGUAAGGACAUCACUCCACAACGUAAAGAUAUCACUACACAACUUAAAAACAUCACUUUAGAACGUAAAGACAUUACUACAGAACGUAUACACAUCACUACACAACGUAAAGACAUCACUUCACAACGUAAAGGCAUCACUACACAACGUAAAGACAUCACUACACAAGAUACAGACAUCACUACACAACGUAACGACAUCACUAUAGAACGUAAAGACAUCACUACACAACGUCACGACUUCACUUCACAACGUAAAGACAUCUUUACACAACAUAAAGAAAUCACUACACAACGUGAAGAAAUCACUACAAAACAACGUAAAGACAUCACUACAGGACUUCAAGACAUCACUACAGAAAGUAAAGACAUCACUAUAAAACGUAAAGGAAUCACUACACAACGUAAAGACAUCACUACAGAACGUAAAGACAUCACUACAGAACCUAAAGACAUCACUACAGAAAAUACAAACAUCACUACACAACGUAAAGACAUCACUUCAAAACGAAAAGACAUCACUACACAACGUAACCACUUCACUAAAAAACAUAAAACCAUCACUACAGAACGUAAAGACAUCACUACAGAACAAUGUAGAAACAUCACUACAGAACGUAAGGACAUCACUCCACAACGUAAAGAUAUCACUACACAACUUAAAAACAUCACUUUAGAACGGAAAGACAUUACUACACAACGUAUACACAUCACUACACAACGUAAAGACAUCACUUCACAACGUAAAGGCAUCACUACACAACGUAAAGACAUCACUACACAAGAUACAGACAUCACUACACAAAGUAACGACAUCACUACGGAACGUAAAGACAUCACUACACAACGUCACGACUUCACUUCACAACGUAAAGACAUCACUACACAACAUAAAGAAAUCACUACACAACGUGAAGAAAUCACAACAAAACAACGUAAAGACAUCACUACAGGACUUCAAGACAUCACUACAGAAAGUAAAGACAUCACUAUAAAACGUAAAUACAUCACUACACAACUAAAAGAUAUCACUACAGAACCUAAAGACAUCAUUAAGAACGUAAAGACAUCACAACAGAACCUAAAGACAUCACUACAGAACUUAAUGACUUCACUACACAACACAAAGCCAUUACAUCAGAAUGUAAGACAUCACUACACAACACAUCAUUUAGAACGUAAAGACAUCACUACAGAACCUACAGACAUCACUAUAGAACGUAAAGACAUCACUACACAACGUAACGACUUCACUACACAACAUAAAGCCAUUACUACAGAACAACGUAAAGACAUCACUUCACAACUUAAAAACAUCACUACACAACGUAAAGACAUCACUUCACAACUUAAAAACAUCACUACACAACGUAAAGACAUCACUACAGAACGUGACGAAAUCAUAACAGACGCUAAAGACAUCACUACAGAACGAAAAGACGUCACUACAGAACUUACAGACAUCACUACAGAACUUAAAGACAUCACUUCUAAAUACAUCACUACACAACGUAACGACAUUACUACACAACGAAAAGGCAUCACUACACAACGUAAAGACAUCACUACACAACAUACAGACAUCACUACACAACGUAACAACAUCACUGCAGAACGUAAAGACAUCACUACACAACGUAAAGAUAUCACUACACAACAUAAAGAAAUCACUAAACAACGUGAAGACAUCACUACUAAACAACCUACAGACAUCACUAUAGAACGUAAAGACAUCACUAUACAACGUAACGACUUCACUACACAACAUAAAGCCAUAACUACAGAUCGUAAGACAUCACUACAGAACGUAAAGACAUCACUACAGAACCUAACAACAACACUACAGAACGUUAAGACAUCACGACAGAACGUAAAGACAUCAUUACAGGACUUAAUAUCACUACAGAACCUGAAGACAUCAUUUAGAACGUAA